AUGCCCGCCUCCCGUGAAGACUCCGUCUACCUUGCCAAGUUGGCCGAACAAGCCGAACGUUACGAGGAGAUGGUUGAAAACAUGAAGGCUGUCGCUUCUUCUGGCCAGGAAUUGUCUGUCGAGGAGCGUAACCUUUUGUCGGUUGCCUAUAAGAAUGUCAUUGGCGCUCGCCGUGCUUCGUGGAGAAUUGUUUCCUCUAUCGAACAAAAGGAGGAGGUCAAGGGUAACGAGCAGCAGGUUUCCUUGAUCAGAGAGUACCGUUCCAAGAUUGAGGCGGAAUUGACCAAGAUUUGCGAGGACAUCUUGUCCGUCUUGUCCGACCACUUGAUCUCGUCUGCCCAGACUGGUGAGUCCAAGGUGUUCUACUACAAGAUGAAGGGUGACUACCACCGUUACUUGGCCGAGUUUGCCGUUGCCGAGAAGAGAAAAGAGGCUGCCGACUUGUCGUUGGAGUCCUACAAGUCUGCUUCUGAUGUUGCCGUUACCGAGUUGCCACCAACUCACCCAAUCAGAUUGGGAUUAGCAUUGAACUUCUCUGUUUUCUACUACGAGAUUUUGAACUCUCCCGACAGAGCAUGCCAUUUGGCCAAGCAGGCUUUUGAUGAUGCCGUUGCCGACUUGGAGACUCUUUCUGAAGACUCUUACAAGGACUCCACUUUGAUCAUGCAGUUGUUGAGAGAUAACUUGACCUUGUGGACCGACUUGUCAGAGGCUCCAGCACAGCAGGAGGAACAACAGCCAGCAGAGACAAAGGCUGAAGAAGAGUAG